AUGGAGGCAAGAGAGAAUGUCCCUUUACAGCAGUUGUCCAGAGAGACAUCUACGCAUGAGGAACAUGACAGAUUUGCCGACCAAUAUGAGGUCCCACAGUAUGAAGGGAGGGACGACGAUGUGCUUCCACCGUACGAGCAACGCCGUCAGGAACGCAUUCGUUCUACGCCACUACAUCGAGAAGUCCGCAUCCUGAUUCCCGUUUUACUUUAUGCUGUUAUGGCGAUUUAUUCCUGGGUAACCAUAUGCAUGAUUUCCCGAGUAGAAGGCUUCAUUGCCAACACAAACAGCGAAUGGACCGUCGCCUACAGAUCCGCGCGCAUCCUUCAAGUGAUUGCAAAUGUCGCCACACUUCCAGUCAUUUCGUUCGUUUGUGCUUGGGCUGCUGCCGUUUUUGUGCAGAACCAGAGUGAUGCCUACAGUCUGCGUUUGCGCCAGGUGGUCACCCUGGCGGAUCGUGCUUGGACGAACCCUAUGCAAUAUGUGCGACUACUAAUUUAUCCCUCUGGCUUUAAGCGAUACGGUAGUAGCAUGCUCUAUCUAGCCAUCUUUAUUCAUAUCUUCGGUGCCAUUACCUAUCCGAUUCAGUCUCUGUUACUCUCAACCCGACAAGUCUCUACUGUACCUGUCGAUCGGUAUGGCCCGGGCUACACCUACUCCAGCGUGAAAUCAUUGCCAAUGGUGGUCAAUUCUGGCAGUGGAACCACCGACGCAUCUUGGAUCCUUGCGGUGCGCCAGGAGUUACAGACAUUAGGAAUCAAUGGUUAUCAAAAUAACCUUUGGGGAAACACCGCUCAGUUACGCAGCUACACAUCGAAUUCUAGCUGGUUUGCGCCGCUGCCCAGCAACACUAGCACUGGUCUAUACUAUGAUCAGUAUAUUUCAAGAGUCAACUGCUCAGCCGAGGUUCGGAAUAUGACUGCAGAUGAAUUUCCGUCCAACUGCUCUGAAGACUCAUUAUUCUAUGCUGCCUACGCAUACCCCAAUAGCAAUUACAAUUUGACAGUGGAAAUAUGCUUACCAGGAAACGUGAGCCAAUCUCCAUGGUUAUAUACAGACGCACGCCAAGAUUUUACUGAGGUGCUCUAUGUUAACAUUAACUCUACUUUCGCGUCCUCAUGGCGAUCCCAAGUUCUGCGCUCUCAUAUGAAACCCUUCAAAGUCAUAAUGAACACGACCGCGGGGUUAUUCGAACUACCAAAUAUCAAGAACGGUCAAAUGCCUGGCCCAUUGGUAUCAAACUCAUCAUGCACGAGUGGGAGUCGUUGUAACCCCUCAACAAGUAUAUCUCGCAGACGUGACCAUUUAAGUUACGAUUAUUUCUAUCCAACUGCUCUUGGUCCCUUGGCUAUUACAGCGUUGGCCCUUUUCGGGUCUGGGUCAUUCGCAGAGAUUCAACAAAACCCACCUCAGCCCAAUUCAAUUUCGAACAACAACAAGACUGGUUGGAAGCGCAUCCUCGACGACGCCAUCUUACGUGAUACUCAACUCCCACUUGAGCCGCUCGGGCUCACAGAUAACUUCGCAUAUAACCCAGUCGAUGACUGGUUUGGAAGGUUCUCUGAGCAACCAGUGGAAGCUUCGUCGGCUUUCACGCAAGCUGGCUUCCUAGCCAUUAAGGCCAUGUACAGCGGGGGCCAGAACUACGGAGGUAUAAGUGUUUACUCCAACAACAGUAAGCUAGGGCAGAUAACCUUGCCUGCGAUCUCCAUGACAGCCAUAAUUGCUGGCUCUGUGCUUUUGGGUCUGUAUAUGAUUCCAUUGCUAGGUCUGGCGCUGUAUGCAGCCUUCAGUCGUCGCUGGAUCGAUACUCUCGACGCUUUCACCAUGUUACGCAUGGGUGCCGCUUUAGGCCAGAAAGAUCUACCGUUACUCAUCGGCAAGAGUAAGCGGAAAAUCGAAGUUCUCGACAAUUUGCCUGGUGUGGUCAGAGAUAUAUCAGGUCCAGAUGAUAAAGUCAGACAAUUGGCCUUGGGAAUCGAAGGAGGCGCCCCUUUACAGCUUAACAAACGAUACCUAGCUUAUCCCGGGAAUGAUGAUCCCAGGAACGCACCGAAGUUAUAG